AUGGCUUUACGUGUUCCCAAGAGUAGUUAUCCUCAAUUAUUUAAGGAUGGCUAUAAGAACCUUCAAGGUGUUGACGAAGCUGUACUUAAAAACAUUCAAGCUAUACACGAACUAUCAGAAAUCGUUAGAACUUCUUUCGGCCCUAAUGGGAGGAAUAAAAUGGUGAUCAACCAUCUUGAAAAGCUUUUUGUUACUAACGAUGCUGCCACAAUUAUUCGCGAAUUAGAAGUCGUGCAUCCAGCAGCAAAAUUAUUGGUAAUGGCGAGUCAGCAGCAAGAGCAAGAGCUUGAAUCCGGUUAUCCGUUGGAUACAACUUUAAGAGUCGGUGACGCGACAAAUUUUGUUAUAGUCUUUGCCGGCGAGCUACUACAAAAAGCUGAAUAUUUGCUACGUAUGGGACUUCAUCCAAGUGAAAUUGUGCAAGGAUAUGAACUUGCAAGGGACAAAGCGUUAGAAAUUUUGGAAGAUCUUUGUGUGGAAACCGUAAAAGAUCAGAAAUCAAAAACAGAGCUUUUAAAAGCUGUCAAGACGGCCAUUGCCUCUAAGCAAUAUGGAAAUGAAGAUUUACUUACUGAUUUAGUCAUCGAUGCUGCGCUUUCAAUUAUGCCAAAAAAUCCUGCAAAUUUCAAUGUGGACAAUAUUCGUGUGGUUAAAAUAAUGGGUAGUAGUAUUUACGAAAGUAAGGUGGUUAAUGGCAUGGUAUUUGGCCGUGAACCUGAGGGUGUUGUUCAUAAGGCAUAUAAGGCCAAAAUUGGAAUUUUUACUUGUUCUUUGGACAUUGCACAAACUGAAACAAAAGGGACUGUUUUGAUUCACAAUGCACAAGAAAUGUUAAAUUUUACUAAAGGCGAAGAACAACAGAUGGAAAAGGCAAUCUUAAAUAUUUAUUAUAAUUAUAAUUUCGCUGAUGCUGGAAUAAAUGUCGUUGUUACUGGUUCCGGUGUUGGUGAAUUGGCUUUACAUUAUUUAAACCGGCUCAAUAUAAUGGUUGUUAAAGUUUUAUCAAAGUUUGAUUUACGUCGGUUGUGCAGAGUUGUUGGUGCUUCAGUAUUGGCCAGAUUAGGCCCUCCUACUCCUGAAGAAAUGGGAUUCUGUGAUAUUGUCGAAACCGUUGAAAUAGGUGGUGAUAGGGUUACAGUUUUUAGACAAGAAAAUGAAAUUUCGAAAACUGCUACUAUCGUAAUUCGUGGUGCGACUCAAAAUUUUCUUGACGACGCAGAACGUGCUAUUGAUGAUGGUGUCAAUGUUGUAAAAGCAGUUAUUAGAGAUGGGCGUCUAGUCGCUGGUGCAGGUGCAACUGAAAUGGAAUUGCUUAAACGUUUACUGUCUUUUGGAGAGAAAACUCCUGGUAUCAAUCAACACUCAAUAAAAUCUUUUGCGGAAGCUUUUGAAGUAUUUCCACGCACUCUCGCAGAAAAUGCAGGAUUAGAUGCAACGCAAGUUCUUUCGAAACUUUAUGCAGCUCAUCAUCAAGAUGAUAGUGGAUUGAUUGGUGUAGAUAUCGAAAGUGAUACUGAAAAUAAUACUUUAGACGCUUUUAAGGCUGGAAUUUUUGACUGUUUGGUAGCUAAAAGUUGGGCUAUUAAAUUUACUACGGAUGCUGCUUUAACAGUCUUGAGAGUAGAUCAGGGAAUUGAUAUUUAUACUCAAUGA